AUGUGGAUGGUGGGACAUAACGAUGGUGGUGAGGCUAGCAUGGUUGAUCACUCAUUCAAUGGAAGAAAGCUCAGGCCUCUCAUUCCAAGGCCAGUGACUUCUUCCAAUAAUACUUGUGCUACGACUCCUCCUUGCCUAAGAAGUAUUCACGGCUCCGAUUUGUUCACACAAUAUCACGAUCUGACAUCAACGACGGAUCAGAGUAAGAAAGAGUUCAAUACUCCACCAGUUGUGGUGAGCUCAAGGUGGAAUCCUACUCCAGAGCAGCUAAGAGCCCUUGAAGAGUUGUAUCGUCGAGGAACAAGAACGCCAUCUGCUGAGGAAAUUCAACAUAUCACUGCACAGCUGCGGAGAUUUGGUAAAAUUGAAGGGAAGAAUGUUUUCUACUGGUUUCAGAAUCACAAAGCCAGAGAAAGGCAGAAACGGCGCCGUCAGAUGGAAUCAGCUCCCCAUGAUUUUGAUUGUCUAGAGAAGGAAGACUUAGGCGUUAGUAAGACACUGUUUGAAGUUGAACAGACCAAGAACUGGGCACCCUCUACAAACUGCAGUGCACUUGCAGAGGAAUCUGUCUCGAUACCAAGAGCAACAAAAGCAGUGGUGGCAGAACGAAGAGCGGAUGGAUGGAUCCAAUUCGAUGAAGGGGAAUUACAGCAAAGAAGAAACUUGAUGGAAAGGGAUGCCACGUGGCGGAUGAUGCAGCUAUCAUGUCCUCUUCCCCAUCCUGCAGCCUCCACCCACCUCAUCAGCACCUCUACAGCCAGCUUAAUUGCUUCCACGAGCACAGUAACAGCAGGAGCAAUUGACCCAAAGCUCAUUAAGGCACAUGAUCUCAGCUUUAUAUCGCCUCACAGUGAAAGCACGGUCAUCCACUUGGACGGUAGUAUCAGCAGCGACCAAGUUGAUCACUGUGGGGAACCUCAAACCCUUGAACUUUUCCCCCUAAGGAGUGGGGAUGGCAGUGAUAACGUCAACCAUAAAGAGAGUGAGUUUUCAGUUUCUGCAAUGAAUGCCAACUUGACCCCAAGCCAGUUCUUUGAGUUCCUUCCCUUGAAGAACUAA